AUUCGAAACCGAAACCUUCGUCCAUAUUCUUCAUCUCUUUCUCUGUAAAUUGAUUCUUAUCCUCAUAAAUCGUUUUGAUUUUUUUCUAAUUUAUGUACAGAGAUUUCACGAUCGAUUCCGAUUUUGUUUCUAUAUCAGGAAAGCUAAAAAUCCUGAGGAAUUCGAUCUUUUUUUUUAAAGCUGAUACAUUGAUGAUAUUCGUAUAGGAAACGGUUUUGAUUUUUGUGAUUUUGUGUAAGUUGUUAUAAAUUUAACAAUCGAAGAGAGUUCGGAAGCUCACAAUCGACAAUGAAGCUUGUUGUUAAGAUCGUGCUCGUCAUCGUCGUCGUUGUCGUCUUGCUAACAUGCGCUUCAACGUCUGUUUCUUCCGAUGAUCGUCUUCUGGUGAACAUGACUGUAGUUCACGGCGCUGCCGCUACCGGAGCUUAUUGCUUGGACGGUAGUUUGCCGGCUUAUCAUAUUCACAGAGGAUCCGGCGCCGGAGAACGCAACUGGCUUUUGCAGUUUGAGGGUGGCGGGUGGUGUAAUGAUAUCGAGUCAUGUGCCGAGAGAGCCCGAAGCCGCCGUGGAUCUACUCGUUUGAUGAACAAAUUGGAGUCUUUCUCAGGCAUCCUCAGUAAUAAUGCAUCUCACAAUCCUGAUUUUUACAACUGGAAUCGCGUGAAGCUUCGAUACUGCGAUGGAGGAUCUUUUGCCGGGAAUUCUACAUUUGACAACGGGACGUUAGUACUUUAUUUCCGAGGGCAACGGAUUUUUGAAGCAAUCAUUGAAGAUCUUCUACCAAAAGGCUUGUCUCAUGCUAACAAGGCUUUGCUUUCCGGGUGUUCCGCUGGUGGUUUGGCAUCCUACUUGCAUUGCAACCGCUUCUCCAAGUAUCUACCAAAUACUACAUCUGUGAAAUGUCUGGGUGAUGCUGGAUUUUUCCUGGACUCACCAGACAUCACCAUGAACCACACUCAGCGAACUUUCUUUCAGCAUCUUGUUGCUCUACAGGGAAUAGAACCGAACCUGGAUGAGAACUGCACGAGUUCAAUCAGUGAUCCAAAACAAUGCAUCUUCCCACAAUAUUUGUUGAAGUACAUAGCACCACCGGUUUUCAUCCUAAACUCGGCUUAUGAUGUAUACCAAUUCCAUCACAUAUUAGUUCCACCAUCUGCCGAUCCACAUGGACACUGGAAUCGCUGCAAAGUGAAUCCACAAGCAUGCAGUCCUGAUCAAAUGGCCCUUUUGCAAGCUUUUAGGGUAGAGAUGCUUCAAGUUGUGAGGUCAUUCAUGUACAAUUCAACAAGAGGAGGGAUUUUUAUAAAUUCAUGUUUCGCUCACUGCCAAAGUGAGUCACAAGACACCUGGUUCGCAUCCGAUUCCCCAAGAAUGUUCAAUGAGACCAUUGCAGAAUCGAUUGGCGACUGGUACUUUGGCAGAAACGUUUCUAAGAAGAUUGAUCGGCCUUAUCCAUAUGACACCACCUGCCAUAACAUCAUAGGCCCUGCCUCCACCAAUGAUAACUUGUAGCUAGUAUACUUGAAUACUCGAUAGUUUUAAAGCCCAAAAUCAAAAUUUUAUACCAUAAACGCAGACUGGCCAUACCUCAAAAAGAAAAAAGAUGGCGAUACAGAAUAGAAUUAGAGAAUAGUUACUAAUUAAGGUUACACAAGGCAGCCAUUCAUUCUUCAUAGUGCAAGAUUUUACUUUUCAUCAUUGGGUUCAGUUGCAAAGAGUUGUAAAAUGCAUUCUUUGUACUUUGAGACUAGGUGAUACAUGCUUGUGCUAUUUAUCUCAUUUUCAACCAUGUAAGGACAGUCCAACUGGGAUUAAUUGAGUUUGAAUUUUUUUAAUAUGAUAUCAAAGCAGGUGCCAUUGGCCC